AUGGAAGCGAAGCCCGAAGCGCUAUGUCGGGUGUGUGGCGACAAAGCAUCAGGCAAGCACUACGGAGUACCCUCUUGCGAUGGCUGCAGAGGCUUCUUCAAGCGAAGUAUACGACGCAACUUAGACUACGUAUGUAAAGAGAAGGGCCGAUGCGUGGUGGAUGUGAAUCGACGUAACCAAUGCCAAGCCUGCCGCUUCUCCAAGUGUCUUCGAGUCAAUAUGAAGAAAGACGCGGUCCAACACGAACGCGCGCCUAGACCGAUCACCAAUCACCAGCAGCUGGCGUUACAGAAACUAGGCUAUAACUUUACCCGCCAGUCGUUUUCCAACUCUUCACCGCUUCCUUCAUCCAGCUUCUCCCCGUUUCACACAUACCGAACGUUACCCGACCGCUAUCACAUUCCAUUCUUAGAAAAUACGCUGCAAGAUUUUUCUCGACUUCCCGAAGGAACACUCACAGAAGUGCCUCAGCUUAGUCCACUCAUAUCGACGCCCGCCUCUCUCAGCUCUGUAAAUCCUUUCAAGAUCCCGAUAUUCCCGACGCCACUUCACUACCCAAUGCCACAUCCCGGAUAUUUAUCGACAAAUAUUUUCUAUCCUCCCAUAAUAACAUCGGACACCUUACACGGGCUGGAAUAUUUGCACAACAAAUCCUCAAUCAAUGCUUUGAAGUAUGCGCCACCUUUUUAUAACAAUUCUGACAAACCAGACUCACAGCAAAUAGAAAAAAUAAAAGACGAUGAAGUAUCCAGUUCCGAAGAGGCACGCAAGACUGAAACAAGCGAUGAUAGAAGCAAUGAACAGAAAGACAGUGUCAUCCCACCAUCAAUUAGUUUCGAGAAUUCUGUCAGUCAGUACACGUCCAAAGACAAAAACAAUGAUGACCCGGAUUCCGACAGCGACAAAAUUACAGUCCCCGUUGAUAACCGAGUUCUCGAAAAAGACAGACGUGUCAAUCAAGCAGAGAGUACUAUUCGAUUUGAAGAAACAGCUGUGCCCGUACAGCACAUAGAUUUUAGUAAUGAGGAAUUAUAUGCACCCGCGGCGAAGCUAUUGGUGGGUGCAAUAAAAUGGCUGCAUACAAUUUCUCCAUUUCGACAGAUGACGACGAGUGAACAAACUUGUCUCCUAAUUAGUAAUUGGAAGGAACUGUUUGUUUUGACAGCGGCACAGUAUUCAUUUUCGUUCGAUCAGGAACAUGUAUCGUCCGCAUUAAUUUCAAAGCGGCCAAAUAUAAGGGAUGAAAUCAAACAAAUCACGUUGCUUUUGAAGAAAAUAAUUCGCUGCCGACCAGACAAGUUAGAAUACGACUGUUUGAAAUCCGCUCUUCUGUUCAGGACAGAUUUCAUAGACUGUCUAACGUUUUCUCACGUGGAAGUUCUACAAGAACAAGCUCUAAUACACCUACAGAGGAGUUGCGCUAACAAGGAAGCGUCCCGUCUCGGCAGACUCAUGUUACUUCUUCCCAGCAUUUGCCGCAUAGCGAACUUGGGCAUUCUAGAACAUUUACUUUUUUCAACUACCAAAGCCGAAGAUAUCAAUGGAACUCUCGUUCGUAUUUUAAAAUACACAGCUGCGUUCUAA